AUGCUCUACGUUUUCAGUGCAUGCGUACCAUCCACACGGGGAGAGCAAUCUUUGAUUAUUGAUGGUACAGUUGCCUCAAGAAGUUUUUAUACCCCACCUCUCUGUAUUUUAGAAGAUGAAUAUGACAACGUUGAGGUGAGAAUAAAAGCUUACCUUGCACUGGUUCCCUGCGCCUCUGAAACCCCCGGAUUCUUCAGGAGGAUUGAGAAGAUUUUGGACAGUGAGACCGUGCAUCAGGUUGGCUCCUUCCUCUGGACCCACGUAAGGAACCUGGCGGAGGAACCCGGGGUCAGCGAGUACGACCAGGAGCUGGCUAGGCUGGCAUCCCAUCCUACACUCAAUUCCAAGUUCAACACGAACCCUCUUCGAUCCUCACGCAAUUACCGUUAUUCCCACUUCAGUGAAAUACUGAAUGGUGGCGGGAGCAUGGACAGCAACGUCAUCUUCUCCGAUUCGUUCGUCCCGCGCCAUGCCUCUGUGAACCUCACCGUUGACAUCCUGCAGAAUUCUUUCAAUGUUCUGGAGAUCGGAGGCGAUUUCGUUGCCCUGGAAGAAUACGUGGAUAGGAUUCUGGGCCGAGAGGCAUCCAAGGCCCAGAUCGAGAAGGACAAGAUCCUGAAGCUGCAAAGGCUCUAUGACGAGGCGAGGACAGUGAACGAGCUGACGGGGCUUGACGACCACGAGUCCAGGGCCUCCGUCUUCUUCAGGGUUUUUGGCCACGAGGUCGCCUACUUUGACAACAUCCUCAAAAUCAACCCUUUGGAGACACUCCAGCAGCUCGUCAAUGAGUUUUCGGUGCCCAAAUCAUUUCAGGUGCUCAACCAGGAGUGCGUCAGCCCAACACUCCUUGGCUUUCCCCUGCGACUCAAGGUCAACGCGACCGGCUCUCUCGUCCUGACCCGUGACGGAACCUUUGAAAUGAGUGGCCACGGCGUGAUGUUGGAAGGGCACCUGAACCCCUCUGCUGUCGUGGCAGUGGAAGAGACCCUAACUGUAGAUGGCUUCGGGUUUCUCAGCGGCAUAAGAAGACGAACCACGCAGACCUCCCACAUGCAACUUGGCCUGAAGGUGGAGGUGGUAAAUGGCGAGCUUGUGGACGUGCAGCUUAACGUGCCAGAGGAAGAGGUUGCCAAAGUCAGUUCCUCUGUUCAGGUGGGGCUCUAUGACAACGCCCAGGCCGGCUGGAAUGUGGCGCAGCAGCCGGAAGAAGCAGAUGGUGAAGGACGGUGCACACCAGAAAAUUUCAAUAAAGUCGUUGGUCUGAAAUUCUGUGCAAACAAUGGUCUGGAGAUCACUCGAACUGACACUUUUAACCACUAUAAAUUCAGCUUUGAGAACAGGGAUGGCAAAGCUAAAGUCCUCUUUGAUACACCCGGUUCGUCAGUGGAUCGACAGUUCAGUAUAAAGGUGAACACUAACCCUGAAAAUUUUGGCGGUUCCCUUGUGUACCCUGGGAAGCGCUACGACAUAAAAGGGGAAAGUGUGAGCACGCAGCGCAAGAAGAGGUUUAAAAUUCAAUAUCUCGAAGACUCAGACACGAAAGGGGAAUUAGACUUGCUCAUCAACAGGAGGGAUGAAGGAUUUAAGGUGUCCUACACGUCAGGGAUCAAGAUGAAGUUAAAGGGCAUCGGAGACUUCAGCCUGAAUGGAAAGCUGGCAGUUGGGGACGAUGCCCUUUCCGUGGAAGGGACCCUUAUAUCCAGUCUACAGUAUGAACCGAUAGCUUUCAAGGCCUCAUGGGAACGGGACGGGGACCAGCAUAGUCUUGAAGGCCUCUUCGCUGCCGGCCAGUUAGGAUCAGCCACUGGAAGCGCUAAUGUUUCCCCGAGCAGUGUUAAAGCACAGCUGAAAGGAGACUAUAGUUACGAUCAGCCGGAACCUCACACUUUUUCCGUCACGUUGGAUUUGGCAAACAAGUCUGGAGGAAGAGGAAUGUACAAGGGACAAGUGUCAGCCACGGUAGGUCUUGGAGGCCAUUCUCUUGGCAGUGACACAUACCAUUCUUAUGUAUCAAAUCGAGUCAAGCUGAGGUCAACCUUGAUGUUUCGUAUCUUUACCAAGAGAACCUUCUGCAUUUCAUGGCUGACACCACCGUCUUAG